UGUUAGUAUAUUGCUUUAGCCCUCUCUAGAUGAGGCAAACCAUUCGUUAAAUUCCACUAGCCGGCCAAAGAUCCUCACAUCCACUACCACUACCAUCACCAAAAACAUUAAUUCUUAUAUAACUAGUCCAUAUUAGACUCGAAACAUUUUAAAUUUAUCAUUAAAAUACACAUAUAAGAUACUAGAAAAUUCAUCACGGACUUAAAACUUUACGUCCCAAUUUGUUACCAUAAUAAAUUGAACCUAAUGUGAUAACCAGCUCGUUAUUUUUUAAAUCUAAAACUGAAUUAGCAAUAUUUUGCACUGUUACAUUUGAUACAGUUUGUGUUAAGGAAGAAGUUACGGGGUUUAUAAAGUUUUAAAAUAAUAAAUGAUUAAAAAAAUUGAUAAAAUAUGCUUAAAUAAAAAAAAAUGCAAAAUGUUGAGAUUUUUUUUAUGACAAUAACACUUUAAUUCUUAACUUUCUUUUUUAAUAGUUCACCAUUGUUUUCUUGUAUCGUGGCAUGAAAUAAUUUAAAAACAAAGUGGGUGAUUUAUAAAUAUUCAAAACAUUAGAUUUACACUCUAUGAUGUUAUGCAAUUUAAAUGGACAGUAAACUGUUAAGGUCGUGGGUUCAAUUUCUCUCGGAAGCGCUCAUCCCUCUUCAAUUAUAAAAAAAAAAACAUAUUUUGUGGUCAGCUUGAUAUAAAACUAGACUACAUUGGGAUGGGACCUUUUUAGAUUUCAUACAGACAAAUUAUAACUACUUAUACCCCAAGGCUCCUACAAUAUAUUCAAACAAGCAAAGAGAUAACUAAGAGAGUGACUACUUCAGCUAAAUAAUUGUUUUAAGUAUCUGGGCAUUGAUCAAUGGAGGUAUUAUUGCAUGUACCUUACGAUGCUACCGUCCGUUUAAUGUUAGCUUUACUUGAACGGAAUGUGCUGCCUGAUGCCGUUAUCCGGAAGCUUACACGCCUGCUCUUGGCCAGCCGUCUCCGUUCCGGCUAUAAGCCUUCAUCUGAUCAGCAACUCUCUGACCUUAUGCAGUUUGUGCAUUCUUUGAAAGAAAUGCCUAUUGCUGUCAAGACUGAUGAGGCUAAUACUCAACAUUAUGAAUUGCCUACUUCUUUCUUUAAGUUGGUUUUAGGCCAACAUUUUAAGUAUAGUUGUUGCUAUUUUUCUGUAGAAUCAAGCACCCUGGAGGAUGCCGAGAAAGCAAUGCUGGAGAUUUAUUGCGAGAGGUCGCAGCUAAAAGAUGGUCACACUGUUCUUGAUGUGGGGUGUGGCUGGGGUUCACUCUCUCUGUACAUUGCUCAAAAGUAUAGCAAUUGUAAAGUUACUGGUAUUUGCAACUCCAAAAUUCGGAAAGCUCUCGUCCAGGACCGGUGUCGGGACCUUCAACUGCAGAAUCUAGAAAUUAUUGUUGCAGAUGUUAGCACAUUCGAAAUGGACGUAUCCUAUGACCGUAUAUACUCCAUUGGAAUGUUUGAGCAUAUGAAGAAUUAUAAGGAUCUUCUACACAAAAUUUCCAAGUGGAUGAAACAAGAUAGUCUUCUUUUUGUUCAUUGUUUCUGCCAUAAGACAUUUGCUUACCAUUUUGAGGAUAUAAAUGAAGAUGACUGGAUUACGAGGUAUUUCUUCACCGGUGGGACAAUGCCUGCGGCAAAUAUGUUGCUUUAUUUCCAGGAUGAUGUUUCGGUUGUCAACCAUUGGCUUGUGAACGGGAAACAUUAUGCACGGACAAGCGAGGAGUGGCUCAAGAGAAUGGACAGGAACUUGGAUUCAAUUAAGCCAAUAAUGGUGCAAACUUACGGAAAGGAUCAAGCUCUCAAGUGGACUGUGUACUGGAGAACAUACUUCAUUGCUGUAGCAGAACUUUUCAGAUACAGCAAUGGAGAAGAAUGGAUGGUUGCAUUAUACCUCUUUGGCAAGAAAUGAAGCUCGUUUCAGCUGAAGAUGAUAUGUCAGGAUUUAGGUAUUGUUGCUUCUGCAGGACUUCUCUAUUACUUGUAAAAGUGUUCUACUGCUUAGAAAUAAAGGCCGGCUGCGGCCAGGUCAGCAUAUGUUAAUAAUGAAAUUUAUGAAUCUCAAAACCAAGAAAGCAGUCACUUGGUUGUCCUGGAAAUAUUUGUUUGAGCUUUCAAAUAGAUUACCAGAUAGUUAUACGCUUUUAAAUUCAAUCUUGCUCAGAACUUAUGAAUUAUGUGCGUAGUCGAUUGUA